AUGGCGGGGGCUGGCGACGGGGCUGCGGGCGCGGCGAGGCCGGCGACAGGCGAGGCGAGGGGCCGACGACGGGGGCUGCGGGCGCGGCGGGGCCGGCGACGGGUGGCUGCGGGAGCGGCGGGGGCCGGCGAAGGGGCGGCUGCGGGCGCGACGUGGAGGAGGCCGGAGCGGGCGGCGAUGGGAAGGAGGAGCGAGCGCGGCGCGGGGCCGGCAACGGGCGUCUGCGGGAGCGGCGGGGCCGGCGACAGGCGGCUGCGGGCGCGACGUGGAGGAGGCCGGAGCGGGCGGCGAUGGGAAGGAGGAGCGGGCGGCUGCGGGAGCGGCGGGGCCGGCGACGGCGGCUGCGAGCGCGACGUGGAGGAGGCCGGAGCCGGCGGCGAUGGGAAGGAGUAG